AUGGUCCUCAAGAUACGGCUCGCGCGCUUCGGCAAGCGCCACUCUCCCUUCUACAACAUCGUCGUCGCCCACGCUCGGACGGCAAGGGACAGCAAGCCGCUCGAAGUCCUCGGCACAUACGACCCGAUUCCCAAGCCCGCGAGGCCGGAUGACCCCAGCGGCCGCCCGUACAAGGACAUCAAGCUGGACCGGUCGCGCGCGCAGUACUGGCUCGGUGUCGGCGCCCAGCCUAGCGAUACCUGCUGGAGAUUGCUGUCUAUGGCUGGUCUGCUCGAGCCCAAGUACCGCGUUGGACAGAUCCAGCAGCAGGUCAUUCAGGCGGACGCGAAGCACAAGGCCAACCCGUACAAGGAACGUAACCCUCCCGCUGAGGGUGCAUAA